GCAGGUUAGCUGCCUACUCCAAAGAGAAACAGAACAAUGUCCUACGUUUUUGUAAACGACUCUUCCCAGACAAAUGUGCCGCUGCUGCAGGCUUGCAUUGAUGGAGAUUUUAACUAUUCCAAACGACUGUUAGAGAGCGGUUUCGACCCAAAUAUUCGUGACAGCCGAGGCCGAACUGGCCUUCACCUUGCUGCAGCCAGAGGAAAUGUAGACAUCUGUCAACUCUUGCAUAAAUUUGGUGCUGACCUGCUAGCCACUGAUUACCAAGGUAACACAGCCCUUCAUCUCUGUGGGCAUGUGGAUACCAUCCAGUUCCUGGUUUCUAAUGGACUUAAAAUUGAUAUUUGCAAUCACCAAGGUGCAACACCACUUGUUCUUGCAAAACGAAGGGGAGUGAAUAAAGAUGUGAUUAGACUGCUGGAAUCUUUAGAGGAGCAAGAGGUGAAAGGAUUUAACAGAGGAGCUCACUCAAAGCUGGAAACAAUGCAAACUGCUGAAAGUGAAAGUGCGAUGGAAAGCCAUUCCCUCCUUAAUCCAAACCUACAGCAAGGUGAAGGAGUUCUUUCCAGUUUCCGCACAACAUGGCAAGAGUUUGUGGAAGACCUGGGCUUCUGGAGGGUGCUGCUCCUCAUCAUUGUCAUUGCUCUUCUGUCACUUGGAAUAGCAUACUAUGUUAGUGGGGUGCUUCCUUUUGUAGAAAACCAGCCUGAACUGGUGCACUGAAGCAAAUGCAAAGAAGCGCACUGUGCUUUUCCCUGUUCUAAUCUUAUUUUGAGCUUCUUGGAAUUAUUUUCUUGGUGCAGGCAGUGGCAGCUGUAUAUACUGUUUGCCUUUUGUACUUAUUAUUAACCCCUUUGAAAGAGGGAUUAAUUCAUUUCAAGUAAAACACUAAAUUCUAAAGCAUUCCUAAGCUACCUCUGACUUAUCUUGACUUGCAAGCAAGAUGUGAAGAUAAUCCUCUCUGUUGAUAAAAUGCUAUGAUUAGAAAAGGCCUUUCAUAAUGAAUAUUAAAUUCCUGGGCGUGAAAAAUAUAUCCUAGUACAGAACCAAAUUGGAUUUAUUUUCCCUAUGAAGAGAGGUAGAUCUAUUGUUGCAUUUUUGUGUGUGCUUCAGUUGAAAGAAAAACAUUAUUUUAGAAGUCCUACUCGAGAAAUCUGAAUAAUAUAAUAACACAUUCUGAUAUAUAGACAGUAAUAAGCUGCAAAUUCAUAGUUCUUUUAGUGCCUCCCCAUAGUUCCAUAUCUGCUAGUUUAUAAAAAGAAUGAGUAGUAGUUCAAGUUUUAUUAUGUCUUUAAUGUAUAGAUCUCUCCUUUAUUUACUAGGUUAAUGU